UUAUAGAUUACCCUAUAGCUUGGUUCACACAAAUAAGAAUAAGAACGAAGUUGCGAAACUAGGGUUUCCUUCUCCACACACACCAAAUCGAAUUCCAUCCAGAGACCAAAACCAGUCGAAUUUGAAGCGCAAUCAUGCCGAAGAACAAGGGAAAGGGAGGAAAGAAUCGAAAGAGGGGUAAGAACGAAGCCGACGAUGAGAAACGCGAGCUUGUUUUCAAAGAAGAUGGCCAAGAAUACGCUCAAGUUCUCCGCAUGUUAGGUAACGGUAGAUGCGAAGCUAUGUGCAUCGACGGUACAAAGCGUCUCUGUCACAUCCGUGGGAAGAUGCACAAAAAGGUCUGGAUUGCCGCCGGCGAUAUCAUACUCGUUGGUCUCCGUGAUUAUCAGGAUGAUAAGGCUGAUGUUAUUCUCAAAUACAUGCCGGAUGAGGCUCGUCUUCUUAAGGCAUAUGGUGAGCUUCCUGAUAAUACUAGGCUUAAUGAAGGUAUUGGUGCUGGUCUUGAUGAGGAAGAUGAUGGUGAUGCUAAUGAUUAUAUCGAGUUUGAGGAUGAGGAUAUUGAUAAAAUUUGAAAAAAAAAGUUUUUUUUUGUUUGUUUGAAGUUAAAAAGUUGAAUUCUAAUUAUUAUUACUAUCGUUAUAUGUGAUGAUGAUGAACAUGAUGAUAUGUAAUGUUUGGGGUUUUAUGCUGUACUCUAUUAUGGGAUAUCACAGUGAUGUUGAUAUCGUGAAUUGAAUUUCAAUGCACAAGAAUAAUUAAUAGCUUGGUAUUAGCUUA